AUGGCCGAACAAUUGAUCCUCAAGGGCACUCUCGAGGGCCACAAUGGCUGGGUCACCAGCUUGGCUACCUCCAUGGAGAACCCCAACAUGCUCCUGUCUGGCUCCCGAGACAAGACUCUGAUCAUCUGGAACCUCACCCGCGAUGAGACCCAAUACGGUUACCCCAAGCGAUCUCUUCACGGCCACUCUCAUAUCGUCUCCGACUGUGUCAUCUCUUCCGAUGGCGCCUACGCUCUGUCUGCCUCUUGGGACAAGACUCUGCGUCUGUGGGAGCUCGCCACCGGCACCACCACCCGACGAUUCGUUGGCCACACCAACGACGUCCUCUCCGUCAGCUUCUCUGCCGACAACCGCCAGAUCGUCUCCGGCUCCCGCGACCGAACCAUCAAGCUCUGGAACACCCUCGGUGACUGCAAGUACACCAUCUCCGAGAAGGGCCACACCGAGUGGGUUUCUUGCGUCCGCUUCAGCCCCAACCCCCAGAACCCCGUCAUUGUCUCCAGCGGCUGGGACAAGCUCGUCAAGGUUUGGGAGCUCUCCACCUGCAAGCUCCAGACCGACCACAUCGGCCACACUGGCUACAUCAACACCGUCACCAUCUCUCCCGACGGUUCCCUCUGCGCCUCCGGUGGCAAGGACGGCACCACCAUGCUCUGGGACCUUAACGAGUCCAAGCACCUCUACUCCCUCAACGCCAACGACGAGAUCCACGCUCUCGUCUUCUCCCCCAACCGAUACUGGCUCUGCGCUGCCACUGCCAGCAGCAUCAUCAUCUUCGAUCUUGAGAAGAAGAGCAAGGUUGAUGAGCUCAAGCCCGAGUUCCCCGACACUGGCAAGAAGAGCCGGGAGCCCGAGUGUGUCAGCUUGGCCUGGUCUGCUGAUGGCCAGACUCUGUUCGCUGGUUACACUGACAACAUCAUCCGUGCCUGGGGUGUCAUGUCGAGGGCAUAA